AUGAAUUGCCUGCAUCAUUUCCUGAGGCAAAAAGAAUUUCCUCCACAAAGGUGCUUUCAGCGAGUUGCCGAGGCUGUUUCCAAGCAGCAAACGCCGCUCAGCGCUGGUGCUGUGCAUGAAAGUCUGCGGCUGCUGUCGCGUGUGAGCGAGAGCCAGCGACUCAAUUUGGCCUUGACAUACUACUAUGACGAGGCUGCACGAGUCAAACUCGAGGCUGAGUUGAAAGAUGUCAUCUCCAAGAUUGAGCAGGGGACACCUCGUCGAGGGCAGGAUUCACUGAGUCUCUUGCUGGAAGCAGACUUGGAGGUAUUUUCUCAGUGGUGUAUGGAGGUUGGCGAGCUGUAUAUCUACUUCACUUUUCUGGACGUGAAAGGUGACCGCAGCCUUCUCAUGCUGGUGGCAAAGCGAUUGCAGUCCUUGCUGGCAGUGACUUCCAUUUCCAGUUUAGUUGCAAACCUCAAAAGGACGAGACCCUGGGCGGAGAGAGCUUGGCAGAUGAUGGCGCAACAGCAGGAGAGCAUGCUGCUGGAACGUUUGCACAGCAAGACCUUAAUGCAAUGGCUGGUUGUGGCCAAGGAUACAGUGGUUAGGAGCGUUGCAGAGAGCGGUGUGAGAUCCUUCUGGGACAGCUGUUUCAGUGGUUUGCAAAGGGUACCAUGGCACGACUUGGUGGAUUCUUUGCAGGAGCAGUUCUUCAAAGGCUUUUGCCCCAAGGACUUGCUCGAACCCUUGCGUAGACGUGUGGCCACGAAAUCCUAUCAUCAUGUCACACGACAACAUUGGGAACAGCUGCUGGAGACCUAUGAUCAUUCCAUCACGAACAUCUUGGAUGUGUUACUGGAGGAGGUCUUGGACGAGAUUUCUUCGAAGAUUUAUCGAUCCGUGGUCCAAAGGGAAGACUGUCGUCAAAGCAGUGCCAGUGCUAGCACCAACGGCCGGUCCCGAACGAAGAGAGAUUCCGGCAGUCGGACGCCACGGGUGCCAGAAAGUCCACCAAAGUCCGCAGCCGAAAGCUGUUUCGGGCAAGAAAUGGAAAGGAUGGGCGUGGAAGGCAGCCACACACCAGAAGACCCCCGUCUCCACAUGAGACCAGUGGAAGCGGGCCGCAAGAUUGAAUGGGCUACAUAUGUAGAAGAGCUUUGCAGGACAGAAAUGCGGUGGUGGACAGAGACCGAAGGUGCCACCCAGAAGGAGGAAAAGCUGAGGCUUUCAGCACUGCGCGCUGUGAACAGUGAUCUGGUUUGCACACGAAAGGCCUUGGUCCUGCGCGUAGCUAGUGGCGAGUUGGCCAAAGAUCGACCUGUGCUGGACUUUGGAGGUGAACCGCAACAACUUCCAGCUGUGCUGAUCAGCCCCAAUGACAUCACAAUGUUUGCAGCCGUGACAAAAUUUGGCAGAGGUUCCAAGCGGAAGAUGCUUCCAGACAUGAAUAUGAACGAGCCGAUCGCCUCGCGCUCCCACUUCUCCAUCUCUUUCGAUGCUCAAAGUCAAAGGUAUGAAAUCAUGGAUGCGGGAUCCAAGUGGGGAACCUUUGUGAAGGUUGGUUGUGGCGGAUUGAAUUUGAGUUGUGGAGAUUGGAUUCGCAUCGGCAAUGCUGAGCUGGUCAUUCGAUACUGCGGAGGCGGCUGCAAAUCUAAAAGGCACAUGGAAAGCUAUCCGGGAUCUCUGCGCAUCAGCCAAUUGCAGUGGCUUCCAGGCCUGCGGCCUUCCAGUCUGCAUACAGAGGAGGACAGCAAAACGAGAUGGAUGGUCAGAUGGUCUGAGCAUUUUCGCGAAACCACAAUGUGA